AUGAGUCGAAGUAUUGGAACAGAAGGCAACCAUUAUAGACUUCUUAAGACACUUGGUGAAGGUACAUUCGGUGUUGCCUAUCUUGCUCGUAAUCUUGAUACAAAAGAAAUUGUUGUUCUUAAAAAAGUCAAAAUUCGUGGUGCCGAAGAUGGAAUAGAUCCUCAAACAAUCCAAGAAUUACGACAGUUAUGCGAAAUGGACCAUCCAAAUAUAGUUAGAUAUAUUGGCGCUUUCGUCAAUGCAGGAACUGUUUAUAUUGCAACAGAAUACGUACCGUUUGGCCUUUUAGAUUUGAUUAAAUCUGGUCCUAAUCAAAGACCAUUAAGUGCAGCAGAUAUUAAAUGCAUUAUGCGUCAAUUUUUCAGCGGAUUGAAUUAUUUACACGAAAACUGGCUUCUUCAUCGAGAUCUUAAGCCGGCAAACAUGCUAGUUUCAGAGAGUGGUAUACUUAAGCUUAUCGAUUUUGGUUAUUCUUGUGAUUAUCCUUCAGAUUCCUCAGAUAUGGGCGAUGCUGUUACAAUUUGGUAUAAACCACCCGAACUUCUUUACGGUGCAAAACAAGUCGGUCCUGCACUAGAUAUGUGGACUGCAGGAUGCAUUUUUGCCGAACUUUUGUUAUGUCGACCAUUAUUCCCCGGAAGAACUUUUGGAGAGGUUGUUCAAGGAAUUACAAACCUUCUUGGUCCAAUGGUAUGGCCAGGAUGCGAUCAUUUACCAGGUUAUGAACAAUUUAAAGAUAUCAAACCACAAAACCAAAUUCCACCUUUAGAAGCCACAUUCCGCGGUUUCUCUACCGAUACUCUCGAUUUACUAUCUAAAUUAAUUACAAUUGAUCCAUCAAAGCGCAUAUCUGCUGCAGAUGCUUUGAUGCACCCAUAUUUCCAAGUUUUACCAGAAGAAACUGUUCCUUCGAAGCUUCCUCUCAAUAAAUCCAACAAAAUUAGCAUUGCUUCGAGUAUGAACACCGGAUUCAGCGCUUUGACAAGCAGAACCAUAUUCGCUCCUGGUACAUCUUUGCUCCGUGCUGGACAGCUUCAGAAAAGAGAAGAAGCUGCCGCACCAAAUCAAUAA